AUGACGUUGUCGAGCGUGCCAGCCUUCCUGGACGUGAUGGGGCAGUUUGAUGUGGAGUACUGGGUCACGGUGGCCUGCCGGGAUGGGAGCACCUACAUCCUGCGCAGGGUGAUUCCCUCCAUGCAAGGGCUCAGCCAAGCCCCCGUGCUUGAAGGUUUGGGGAAGAAGCUCUGGACAGUCUAUCUGCCAGCCCCACUAAUGACCAUGAGCCUCCUAGACCAGAAAUCACACAGCUUCCAGGCUGUGAUGGUAGGUCUGGCCAACCAGGAGGUGCACAUGUAUUGGGACAAAAACCUUGUGGACGUCAUCCGCACCCAGGACGUGGUCACCAGCAUUUGCUUUGGCCGCUAUGGGCAUGAGGAAAACACCCUGAUCAUGACGACUAAAGGCGGGGGGUUGAUCAUCAAGAUCCUGAAGCGCACGGCUGUGUUUGAGGAGAAGGACACGUUGCUGGGCCCUCCCGUGGCCCAGAGCAUCCGACUCAGCGUGCCCAAGAAGACCAGGCUGUAUGUGGACGAGACGCUGCGGGAGCGCGAGAAUGCCGUGGCCAUGCACCGCGUGUUCCAGAUGGACCUGUACCGGCUGGAUGUCAAGGCGCUGGAGUCCAGCCUGGUGCCUGUCACAUCCACACUGCAGGAGCCCCUUAAGAUGAAUGCCGUGGUCCAGGGCAUCGGCCCCACCUUCAAACUGACCCUCCACAUUCAGAACACGUCAGCUGGGCGCCCCUCCAUCAACCUGCUGGUGAGCUUCCUCUACGACCAGAGCCUCUAUGCCAUGAAGAGAGCCUUCUUCAAGGCCCCCAUGCUGGUCCCGGGACUGAACUACCCCAUUGAAAACUUCGUGGAGUAUCUGAGCAACAAGGGGAUCUCGGACAUCAUCAAGGUGUCUGUAUUGCGGGAGGGCCAGAGCAUGCCCUUGCUGACUGCCCAUAUCAACAUGCCAGUGAGUGAGGGCCUGGUUGCUGCCUGAACCGCCUCUGGGGGGGCGAUAGAGACCAGAGUUGCAGUAGACCCCAUAGGAGCCCUCACUGGAUCAGAGCCAGGACUGGGAGCCGAGGCCCCCUGCUGUGCAGUGACCCAUCAGCUGCCCCCAGGGUGCACACUGCUGACUUGGGACCAUGUAGAGGGCGGUGUUGGGGCUGCCAUCCCCCACCUACCUGGGGUGCAAACCCAGCUGCGUUGUCUGGGAUCAGGCCAGCUCCUUACAUCAGAGGGGGUGGGGGGAGUUUGGAAUUAAGAGCUGCUGGGGAAAGGGGUGUUUCUCCCCCAUCAUGGCCCUGGGGGCAGCACCUGGAAACCCCCUUAGCUGUGAUCGUAGCAUCCCAAUAAAGCCUGCACCGUUGCUGUACCGAGGGAGCUGGUG